GCCGCAGCCUCUGCCUCGGCCAGAGCAGAGCCCCAGAGCCGUGCCCCGAGUCGACGACGCCGGUGACUACGGUGAGUCGCGGGUCCCGAAUCCCGACGGAGACGGAGACGCGGAGUCCGACGCAGUCCGCCCGAGAAUGGCGCGCGAGGCAGCCGACCGCGAGGCCCAGCAGGGCCUCCCGGGGCCCCAGACCAACAUGCACCCCUACCCCCAACCCCCCGCCCCCGGGCUCCCCACCUGUCCCGCCCUCGGGCCCCCCAAAAAGCCCAUCCGCCUCAAGAACGUCAGCAACCACUUCGAGACCUUCGACACCCUCCAUCACAAUGCUAAAACGCCUCCAUUAUGCGGUUCCGGCACUUGUCUCGGAAGUAUACUUCACACCCCCAUGAUGAAAGUUCAAGCGGGACUUCGGUCUAAAGAGGAAGUGCUUAGGCAUGCCGAAGAUUUUCUAGAGCAGUAUUAUCAGUCCAAGAGAAGGAGCAAUAGUGCUGUGCAUAUGGCACGUUGGCAACAGGUGCAGCAAGAAGUGGCAAAAUCGGGCACGUACCAACUUACUGAAACGGAACUUGUUUUUGGCGCUAAACUGGCCUGGAGGAAUUCCGCAAGGUGCAUCGGUCGAAUACAAUGGGCGAAAUUACAAGUAUUCGACUGUCGCUCCGUUCAGACCACAAGCAACAUGUUCGAAGCCCUGUGCAAUCAUAUCAAAUACGCAACAAACAAAGGAAAUAUCAGGUCAGCGAUCACAGUUUUCGCCCAGAGGACGGAUGGCAAGCACGAUUUCCGAAUAUGGAACCCACAGCUAAUCUCAUACGCCGGCUACAAAAACCCGGACGGCACAGUUAUCGGGGAUCCAGCUAACGUAGAGUUUACCGAGGUGUGCACUAAACUCGGAUGGAAGGGGAAGCGGUGCAACUGGGACAUUCUUCCUCUGGUGCUCUCGGCCAAUGGACACGAUCCCGAUUAUUUCGAUCUGCCGCCCGAACUCGUCCUCAACGUUCCUUUAACUCACCCCAAGUACGAAUGGUUCAAAGAUUUGGGACUCCAAUGGUACGGGCUACCGGCAGUUUCCAACAUGGCCUUCGACUGCGGGGGAGUCCUUUUCACGGCCGCCCCAUUCAACGGCUGGUACAUGAACACGGAAAUCGGGUGCAGAGACCUUUGUGAUGUCAACAGGUUCAACAUGACCGAAAAAAUUGCUCAAAAAAUGGAUUUGGACACUCGGUCAAAUGUAACGUUAUGGAAGGACAAGGCUCUUGUCGAGUGUAACAUUGCAGUGCUCCACAGUUUCCAGCUGCACGGAGUGACGAUUGUGGACCACCACACGGCGGCCGAGACGUUCAUGAAGCACUACGAGAACGAGCUGCGACUGCGCAACGGGUGCCCCAGCGACUGGGUCUGGAUCGUCCCGCCCAUGUCCGGCUCUCUCCUCCCCGUCUUCCAUCAAGAAAUGGCCUUCUACCAACUCCGACCCUGCUACGAAUAUCAGGAGCCAGCCUGGAAAACGCACGAAUGGAAGAAGGGAAAGGAGGUCGGAAAAGGGCUCAUUAAAAAGCCACGAAGGAAAUUCCACUUCAAGCAAAUAGCAAGAGCUGUGAAAUUUACUUCAAAGUUGUUCGGGCGUGCGCUGCAGCGAAGAAUAAAAGCAACUGUUCUUUACGCCACCGAAACUGGAAAAUCCGAGUUGUACGCCAAAAAAUUGGGAGAAAUCCUUGGGCAUGCAUUUCAUUCGCAGGUUUGCUGUAUGUCAGAUUACGACAUGAGUAAUUUAGAGCACGAGGCACUCUUAUUGGUCGUCGCCUCCACGUUUGGCAACGGGGAUCCGCCAGAAAACGGCCAGGAAUUUGCACAUAAUCUUUACGGCAUCAAAUUAGAAAAUGGUAAUUUAGCUAAUGGACACUCCUCACCUUUAAGCUCAGCAUCUUUUAUCAAAGUAAACAGUCAAUCAGAUCAGCUGCUGGAAAAGAACGAAUCUUUCCGAGCCUCUGUCACAGAUGCUGAUACAUUCGGUCCGCUCAGUAAUGUUAGGUUCGCAGUCUUUGCUUUGGGCUCAAGUGCGUAUCCCAACUUCUGCGCAUUCGGGGCCUACGUAGACAACCUCCUGGGUGAACUGGGAGGAGAGCGACUACUUAAACUGACGUACGGCGAUGAGAUGUGCGGGCUGGAACAGGCGUUCAGAAAUUGGGCACCUGAAGUGUUUAGCUUAGCUUGUGAAACAUUUUGUUUGGAGGAGGAUGAAGCGCUGGCGGAAGUCAAGCAGGCUCUUUGUGGCGAAUCACUUUCUCCAGACACUGUUAGAUUCGUCAAUGCUAAAGAAGAUUCUUUAGAUUCAGCUCUAUCUAGUUAUCACAAUCGAACUGUGGUUAAAUGUCCGCUGGUUAAACGGAUCAACCUCCACGGUUCUGAAUCGGAAAAGAAAACAUUCCUCUUAGAAAUUCAAACGAACGGAAGUGUGAAGUAUGAACCAGGCGACCACAUAGGCGUGCUACCGAGCAAUAGGCCAGAAAUAGUGAACGGCAUUAUCAAGCGUUUGAAGGAGGAGACAAGCAAUGAUAAUUCUCUCGAUGCCGACCAACCGAUCGAGGUGCAAAUAUUGAAAGAAAAACAUACAUCAUCAGGAUUCGAUACUACGUGGGAAGCCCAUCCAAAGUUGCCACGAUGUUCUCUGAGAGAGCUACUUCAUAGAUUCCUUGACAUUACAACACCACCAUCGCCCAACCUCCUCCAUGUCUUAGCUAAUUAUUGUUCCGACGAAAACGAUAGAAACACUCUGGAACUGUUGGCCACGGACAGCGGAGCUUAUGAAGAUUGGAGGCAUUGGAGGUUCCCACAUUUACUUGAAGUCUUAGAGGAAUUUCCAUCCGCAAAACCUCCGCCUGCUCUAUUAGUUUGUCAUUUAACACCUUUGCAGCCUCGUUUUUAUUCAAUAUCCUCGUCACCUGUUGUCUUCCCCAAUCAAGUUCAUCUCACAGUGGCAAUAGUUACUUAUAGAACGCAAGGUGGAAAAGGACCAGAACAUUACGGUGUUUGUUCCAAUUACUUGAAAGAUAUUCAACUAAAUGACGAUGUUUACAUAUUCGUCCGUAGCGCACCGAAUUUUCAUCUUCCUUCAGAUCUUAGUUUACCGCUAGUAGUAGUUGGACCAGGGACAGGUAUAGCACCAUUCAGAAGUUUCUGGCAAGAGAGAGCCUGGCAGUCAAAGUUAAAAGUUGGAAAGAAAAUUGGCACCAUUUGGUUAUUCUUUGGCUGCCGCACUAAAAAUUUGGAGCUGUAUACCAAGGAAAAGGAAAAUAUGUUGAAAGAGAAUGUCCUUGGAAAAGUAUUUCUGUCACUAUCUAGAGAGCCGUCUCUACCAAAGAAAUAUGUUCAAGACUCAAUGUGGGAGGAGCGUGAAGCAAUCUACAGGCUAAUUGUUGUGGAACGUGGACACUUUUACGUCUGUGGAGACUGCACGAUGGCGGAGGAUGUGUAUCAGACUCUCCGAAAAAUAAUUCAAGACAGAAGUGGCCUUGGCGAAAGUGAAGCGGACAAUUUUGUUCUCAGUUUAAGAGAUGAAAACAGGUACCACGAAGAUAUUUUCGGAAUAACACUGCGGACGGCAGAAGUGCAUAAUCGAUCACGAGAUGCAGCUAGAAUAAGGAUGGCCUCUCGAUCUCAAUUAUAACAUUCCGAUCAAACUUAAUCUUACUUCAACUUUUCAGAUUUUAACUUGUUUCAUUUUACAUAUCCAAGACUUUUUAUGAUACUUUAUUUUCUUAUCAUUAUCAUGCACCAAAAUCUAGGUUUGAUGUUUCAUAACUUCUAUGGGUACUGCAUGUACCUACCUACAAUUCUCAAUACAAGAUGCAUCAUCAACAAUGUAAAUAAAUAUAAUUUAAAUUUAAUUAAACUUUAAAUUGUUUCACUAACAAUUUUUGAAAUGCCUGAUUAUGUUUUGUUUUAUGUUUCUGUGCUUUGAAAAUGCUAUUCUUGCCCCUGUUAAUGCAAGGCUGUUUGAAUGUUAAACCAAUUCCCGAGGAAGUCGAAUCCUCUCUACGCCGACAUUGCAACUUGCAAGUCUGCUCAUAAGACAUUUUUUUUAAGCAUCACACAUCAUAUCAACACUUCUUUCUUAAUUAUUAAAGGGCAAUUUGAGCACCAAUCUAUUCGAUUCUAUAUAGGAAAAAGGAAAUGUUAGGCUCAGAGUCAUGCUGAAAUACGCUGUCUCUAUGCAACCGUGGCCAUGAACUACGAAGAGCUUCAAUGGAGAGUGGAGUUUAAGAAUUUGCAAAAAUGCCUGAAUUAAUUUUUGGAUUGCCCAUAUUCUUACUUAAAUAUCUUGAAACUUCAAAAAUUACCAAGUGUAAAGAAAUUUAUAGCCGAUAUUAUUGAAAAAGAUCUUUGUGCUUAUUCAUUUGCAGCACAUUGUAAGAAUUAUCAAGUUUUAAAAAUGGGUGGAAGAAAAACUGAGAAAGAAUAAAAGCAAAUUAAUUCAAAUUAGGAAAGAUUGUCCAGAGAUGCAAAUGAAUACCUUCCAAGGUUGUCACUUCUAAUUCCUUUUCCAAAUGUGUGUGUUAAGUGAAAGUUUCUUUUUAUCUAACGUAAAAUUUUGUUACCAUUAUUUCUCAUGAUAUAAAUCUGAGGCUCAUUUCUGAGCUAACUUGAAAAGCUACUAACCUUAAUUAUUGAUUACUACUGACUCAAAAUUUUGAUUAUCUAAUUAGUGAUAUACUGCGUUAUUGUUCCUAUAGUUUAAUUUUUGAGUCAGGAAAGGGAAUCUGGUCGGCACUUAUCAUACCGAUUUUUGAUUUCUGCAUUCUUUGAUUGUAGAUGCAAUAUAUCUUGAUACAUAAUUGGGUUAGAAUAAACCAAAAUUAUGAGUUGCAAAAACAAUGGGAACAGAUAUGUAUCUUGUAGGUUUUAAUUAAACCUGAUAAGAGCAUUUUUUGUUCUCCCAAUAAUUAAAGCUACCUUUUAUACUGUAAUUAACUUUUCUCCCAAGAGCAGGCUCUGAAGAGUUGCUUAUUGUAAAAUUAAACUCCUCAUUCAAAGAUGACGGAAAUGACGAGCCUUCAUUUAAGCUCAAAGAAUUGACAAAUAAUUUAACUAAUCAAGUCAUGGCAAAUAUUUAUACAUGAAUUUGGACUGAAAAAUGUCAACAUAAAUAGAGAAUAAAGUAAAAUAUAGACCCAAUUUCAAUUGCUGAAAUGAAGUUUUUGUCUUCAUAACUUUUCCCGUCAAUGUAAAACUAUAUUAGGCAAACUGUUUCAACAUUGAGGUGAUUCAUUUUACAAAUUACAACUUUUACAUACUUAAGUUUUAAAAAUGUAUCAUAUAUUUUGAGAUAUUUUUCAGAUUAUGACUAUUGUUAACUGUUGUUCUUAUGUAAAAUAAAGUAUUGUUAAGAGUU